CCUCCAGCUUGUAUAUGGCCCAUGAGAGGUAGUUACUGCCUUCAGCAUCACAGCCCAGGCCAGCGCCAUCAGGGCUUGGGCCAUUAUAGGGUGACUAGAUGUCCCCAUUUUAUAGGAACAACGAGGAGUCCGGUGACACCUUCCAGGCUAACAGAUUCAUUUUGGCAUAAGCUUUCGAUAUGAGAAGAGAUUUUAAAAGGAAAAACUACACCACACAUUUAUUGGACUGUUCUUCCUGAUAAAUAGCAUCUUGAGUGGGAACCUAUCCUGGUUCUUUGUGGCAGUGUUGAGGGCAUAUAAUGGAUUGUAGCCGAGAAACUGCUAAUAUCUUACAAGGCUUGGCCAUGUGCGGUGCCGAGUGCCCCCUGCGCUGGGCUGAGAGGGCACGCAGGACCUUGUAGGAUGGGGGACCGGUUGGCACAGGUGAAGUGACUUCCCAAAGCGGUGGCUGUGGCUCCCAACUCAGGAGUAAGGCUGAAGGUAGGUCUGGUGAAAACAGCUCCGUUGCUGGGAGUGGGACCCUGCUGCCGGUGCCUCUCUCCUGUUUGCACUGGAAACCUGAAAUCCAGCAGGGGAUUUUCAACUGGAACCGUAUGAUUGACCAACGCAGCCAAUGACUCCACCCUUCCCAGGGCUGGGGAGGCUCGGCUUGCCGGGAGGCCCGGGCACAGGCUGGACGCGUGGGGGGUGGCGGCUGCUGCUGCAGCUGCUGGGGCUAACCCGGAAGGGGCUGGCCCCGGGAGCCCACGUGCGGCUGCAGCGUGGCCGUGGGACGCCGAGCAGCAGCAGCAGCAGCAGCGGCGGUCGCGUUAUGGAGACGGCCCCAGACCCGGCCCUCCCCCCCUCCGGCCCGCGGGGGGUCCUGCAGCAGAACCGGCAGUUCCUGGACUUUUUCUGGGACAUCGCCAAGCCCCAGCAGGAGGUUCGCCUGGCUGCCACCGAGAGCCUGAUCCGGUACCUGCGGGCCAGCGAGCAGGAAGAUGAGCUGAAAUAUACUCUAAAACGAUUGAUAGAAGGACUGGGAGCAACUCGAGAGGCAGCCCGUCCAGGUUUCAGCCUGGCACUAGCUCAGGUUUUGCAAUUUUUUGAAGAAAUUCCACUGCAUGCCGUCCUGCAGCAGAUACAAGAAAAACACAAUCUUGAGAGAGUAAAAAAGAAACUCUUUAGAAAUGCGGCCUUUGGAAACUUUUUUGGGGUACUGUCUCUCUUCCAGUCUGGUCGUCUUGCAAAGGACAAAAAGGCCCUCCUGGAGUCUGUCCGACUUCUGCAGAGCUUGGCACAGCACCAUGCCCACCUCAGAGAUCUCCCCAGGAAAACGCUCGUUGAUAUCCUCACAGAGAUUCCUGAAGCUGUGUUUGAGGAAGUCCUGUUCAGCGCCUUAAAGGCUGACCUCACUUCGGCCUUCAGCACCCCGGAGCAGCUGCACCUCCUGCUCGUGGGCAUACAGAAAUUCCCUGGGGUUCUGAAACCCAAUAAGCUGAAGAUACUGCUAGGCUCAUCUGCCAUCGUAACCACGGAGAACAUUCCCAGGCUUGUGAAGGUUUUGAAAACUGCUGCCAGAUCUGAGAAGAAGGAUAGGAAUCUUCCACAUGUCGGGCUGGACUUGCUACGAGUGUCUGUGAAGGAAGGUGCUUUUGAACUCUUCUGGAAAGAAGCUGUGGAGAAUGGUCUGCUUAAGGAAAAGUCGGGUCCUAACAGUUACAUGUGCUACCGGUUGCUGGGCAGUGCUCUCCCACUCUUGUCUCUGGACCAGCUACAGAUUGUUCUCCGAGGGGAAGUGAUGCGGCACUAUGGGGAUCAUGUGGUAUCGGCUCAGCUUCCGGACCGGUUUAAGUUCGCUCCGGAGAUGGAAACCUAUGUUAACUCAUUCCUAGAGGGCUGUGAUGAUCCAGAGAAGCAGCUGGCGGUGAUGAUUGGCUUCUCCACUCUGACCAAUCAAGGCUAUCCGGUUGUGCCCAGCUUCUGGAAGGUGGUGAAACACUUGCAGCCUGUAGCGUUGCUGAAAUACGUCGACUGGCUCAAGAGGAUGUUCCUUAGGCCAGAUUUUGACUGCUGCUUAGAUUUCACCACCAGCCGGCAAAAACAGAACCAGGAGAAAGUAAAUAUGACCCAGCACCGAGUGGUUCGGCUGAGAAAAUGGAUUAUUGCCCGACUAGUCAGCAUCAUUGACAGUCAAGGGAAGAUGGAAGAGGAUUUGGUGAUGGAUGUUGUCAGGUUUUGCUUCUUCCAUGCUUUCUUCAAGACCCAGAAACCAACCGCUGAAAUACCGGAGACGAAAUCUCUCCCCUCAGUACCUCUGGAUGGACAGACUCACUCAAUGGCUGCAAACUUGUUUUUCAGUUUGCUUCAGAUUUUAAACUCUCUGCACGUGCUGGGAGACACGGUUGAAGCUGCAGCCCUGAGGGAGAAGCACAUCCACGGGGUGACUGCAGACAGGAACCUGUGGAUCUACCUCAUUAUCCAGUACGCCAGCGUCCUCCUGUCCCACGAGAAGCACGUCAAGGCUGUGACUCCUUUCACCGCCGAACAGAGGGCUGCUUGGGACCGAAUGCUGCAGUCUCUGGAGAACCUGCAGAAGAAAGAGAAGGAGUCCCGCAGUAUGGAAAUCUUUGCUUUCCAGCACCUUCUGCUCUUAGUGGGCAUUCAUCUGUUCAAGACUCCGGCAGAAACCCAGGACCUUCUGAAUGACCUUCUGAACUGCAUUGAGAGGGCGUUGGACAAGAAAUCCAGGAAGAAGAAGAAGCCUGAUGACGAAGAGCCAGAAUGGGUAGAGGUGAUUGUGGAAAUUCUUCUAUCCCUCCUCUCCCAGCCCAGCCUACUCAUGCGUCGGGUCUCCAAAAGUGUGUUUGGACGCAUAUGUCCUUACCUGUCAAAGAAAGCUCUGCACCUGGUCCUGAAUGUUCUUGAUCCAGAGCAAGAUCAGGAUGAGGAAAGUGCUGUUGUUGUGAUGGAAGAAACAGACAAAAAGAAGAAAACCUUGCUGGAGGAUACGAACGAGGAGGAAAGUGCAGACUCUUCUGAUGAUGAUAGCUCCGAGGAAGAUGGAGAGGAAGAUAGUGAAGAUGAGAAUAAUAAUGAAGGCGUAGAUGAAAAUUUUCGGAAUCAGCUGAUGAAUGUCCUGCAGGCAGGGAAUGCAUUGGGAGGAGACAAGAGCGAUGAGGAUGUGGAUGAUGAGACCAUGCUGGCCCUUGAUGAGAAUGUUUCGGCCCUCUUUGCUGAACAGCAGAAGCGGAUCCAGGCAAAGAAGGACGAGAAAGAAAAGAUGCGGAAGGAGAAAAUCUUGCGGAGGGAUUUUAAGAUUAAGGUACUGGACCUCAUUGAGGUGUUCCUUGCUAAGCAGCCAGAGAACCCCCUUGUGUUUGAUAUUAUCGAUCCCCUUCUUCUGGUGAUUGAGCGGAGCAUGAGUUCAGACUCUGACAAGCAGGAGCAAGACUUCCUCCAGAAAACAGCUGAUAUCUUCACGAAUCGCUUAUGUAGAGCCAAGCAGUACUGCAGGAGCGUGGGCGACCUGGUGGAGGAUUUGCAUGCCUUGUUGGAGAGCCUGGUGAAGAGAGCCAGCAAGCACACGGACUCCGUGUUGGCACUCUACUAUUUCAGCGCCUCUUUGUACCUGUUCAAAGUGCUGAAAGGAAACGUGGCCAGAGAGACGGCGACUCCGCUUUCUCCCUCAAAAAAGAAACAGAAAACCAGCGAAGGGAGCAGUGCACAGACUGACCAGCUUUCUGGCACAGGCAUUCUGGACCUGAAGAGAGUGACCAUGGUGUAUCAGGAGGCAUUGAGUGGAUUCAUGACCAGGCGGAAGAGUGCCCUCACGGGGUCUAUGUUUCUUGAUCUCUUCAACCGCUUCCCGGUCAUGUGUAAGCCGUUAAUAGACACCCUCGUCAAGUCCAUCACAGCGGGAGCAAGGCAGCAUCAGCAGGCGCAGGCGUGUAUGCUUCUCCAGAAGGCCCUGCAGACUCGGGAUUUGAAGCUCUCCAUGACGACGGAGGAAGAGUGGGAGGAGCUGAUCAGAGAGAGUACCAAUCAGAUCACAGAGAGUUUGAAGGCAGUGAGUGAAUUCAAGGUGAAAGUUGACCAGGAGAAGGUCAUUAAGUGUUUGGAGCUGUUGAACUUCCUCAUCAAAACUGUGAACCAGCAGAAGCUGAAUGUGGAGUUGGCGGAGCUGAGUCAGACGCUGCAAGCUCUGAGCCAGCAGGAGGGGUUUGGGAAAUCCGUGCGCCUUGACAGUCUCUACUGGAACAUCAUGAAGCUGCUGGGAUUUGCGCGCCCCAAAAAGGAGAAGGCAGUGGCCCGGCCUGAGCACACCCCUGGAGCAAAGCCUCUCAAGCGGAAGAAGAAAGGCUUCCUGCCAGCUACCAAGAAACGCAAGAACCGCAAAAAGGCUCUCCAGGAGAACGGGGCGGAGAGCGGCAGAGAGGCAGGCCCCGAGAACGGGGCGGAGAGCGGCAGAGAGGCAGGCCCAGAGGGAGGGCAGGCCGCAGCACGGAAGAAGAACAGAAAGAGGAAAGGAGGAGCAGGAAAGGCAGGUGCAGAGGGCCCUUCGCCAAAGAAGGCCAAGGGGAGCCAUGGCCAAGAGCCUCAGGGGAAGCAGGGUAAAGCCAAGAAGAAGAAGAAAGCAAACAAAACACCAGCUCAAAAGGCGUGAACUCUGGACUUACUCAGACCUGGCUGAGAUGUUUUAAUAGCUUAUAUAUAUUUUUGCACCAUCCCAUAGUUUUAAUAAACCAUCUGUCGUGCUGACCCGUGCGACCUGCCUGUCUGAUUCGUGCACGGGGACUCUUCUGAGUGCAGGGUGUCGCUGUCUGCCGAGCCUCAAACCUGGGGUCAGAGAGACACAUCCCUGUCUCCGACCCCUCUGCACGUGCCCUCACGCUCUCUGCUCUGUAACCUUGAUGCAGUAGCUGUGUGCCCCCAGGUACCAUCCUCCUUUCUGCCAGGGUGAUUGGCUGGGGUAGCGGGAGCUCUUGUCUCGCUCAUGUCUCUGCUUUGCCAGUGGUAAGAUCUGUCUGUUUCAAUGGGGAUUAGCCAGGUAGUUGGCCAGUCAAUCAGUGCUGGAGUUCUGGGGUCAAGUUCUCACAUUCUGCAGGUC